AGCUUCAACUAAUUUCUGACAAAACAAUCGCAAAACUGCGCAAAACUUAACUCAAGUGAGCGAUAAACUGCGAAAGAAAAGAAACUCUUGACUUAAUCCAAAAUAAAGUAUUGUCAAAGUAUUUGCAAAAUUUGACUUCAUUCUAUAAAUUCUGGAUUAUAUUAAAAAAUGUUUGCUUCACGCGUAAAACUACAACACUGUGUUUUAAAUGUUAAUAGGUUAUAUUUCGGCUCUUACAAAAACGUGAAAUAUUUAUCUGCAUGUCACAAUUUAAAUAAUAACCGGUAUGAUCACAGGCUUUCAACAAAUGUGAGACUCUUCAGUACUGCAACAGAGCAAGCAGAAAUAUCAAAAGGAAAUAUUGAAAAGAAAGAAUUUCAGGCUGAAACAAGAAUGCUUCUGGAUAUAGUGGCUAGAUCAUUAUAUUCAGAUAAAGAAGUGUUCAUCAGAGAAUUAAUAUCAAAUGCAAGUGAUGCAUUAGAAAAGUUCCGUUAUUUGUCUGUGAGUGGAGCUCCUGACUCUAAUAAUUUGGUAGAAACUGAUCGUGCUUUGGAAAUAAAACUCAUAACAGAUAAACAAAACAGAACUCUUAUAUUCCAGGAUUCUGGUAUAGGUAUGACUAAAGAUGAGCUUACUUCAAAUCUUGGCACCAUUGCUCGCUCUGGGUCAAAGUCAUUUAUAGAGGAAAUAAAAAAACAAGGUGCAGAACAAGCUAGUUCUAUUAUAGGCCAAUUUGGUGUUGGAUUCUAUUCUGCAUUUAUGGUAGCAGAUAAGAUUGAAGUAUUUACACGUAGUAGCCAGUUAGGCUCUCCUGGCUAUAAAUGGUCAUCUGAUGGAUCAGGGACAUAUGAAAUACAAGAAGUAGAAGGUGUGCCAGUAGGAACAAAAAUUAUUGUACAUUUAAAAACUGACUGCAGGGAAUUUGCUGAUGAUGACACUGUCAAAAGUAUAAUAAAAAAAUACAGUAACUUCAUUGGAAGCCCAAUUCUAUUAAAUAAUGAACAGGUCAAUUCUAUUAAGCCCCUUUGGUUAAUGGAGCCUAAAGAAGUGACACCAGAGCAACAUACAGAAUUUUACAAAUUCAUAAGUAAUUCAUAUGACAAGCCACGUUUCACUCUUCAUUAUAAAACUGAUGCACCUCUUAGUAUUAGAUCAAUUCUUUAUGUACCUGAAGGCAAACCAGGCCUCUUUGAGCUUUCACGAGAUUCUGAUGUAGGAGUGGCACUUUAUUCUAGAAAAAUAUUGAUCAAAAGUAAAGCUGAAAAUAUUUUACCUAAAUGGUUACGCUUUGUAAAAGGUGUUGUUGAUUCCGAAGACAUUCCAUUAAAUCUCAGUCGAGAGCUUUUACAGAAUAGUGCAUUGAUAACUAAACUAAGAACUGUUUUAACAAAUAGAUUUCUGAAAUUUAUGAUUGAAAUGGCCCAAAAAGAUCCAGUGGGAUAUGAAGCUUUUUAUAGAGACUAUUGCAUAUUUAUGAAGGAAGGAAUUGUAACCAGCCAAAGUGCCAUAGAAAAGGAAGAAAUUUCAAAACUGUUACGUUUCGAAUCAUCAAAAUUAGAAAACGGCACAAGAACGUCGCUUUCGGAUUACAGCGCUCGCCAAAAGAACGAUCAAAAAUGUAUUUACUAUUUAGCAGCUCCAAGUCGUGAACUGGCACAAUCGUCACCCUAUUAUGAAUCUCUGAAGAAACGUGAUGUUGAGGUUCUGUUUUGCUACGAAAUGUAUGACGAGCUAGUACUACUUGAAUUAAAAGAGUUUGGUGGAAGACAGUUAGUAUCCGUAGAAAACGACAUGCAAAAAGAUCCUGCUGACACACCAGACUCUGUUAUCGGAAGUGAAAGCUUGCAACAGUCCCAAAUUGAUGAGGUCAUAUCCUUCUUGAAAACAAACUUGGUUGGCAAAGUAUUCGAAGUUCGUACAACACAAAGAUUAGACACGCACCCUUGUGUUAUCAUUGUGCCAGAAAUGGCAGCAGCCAGGCAUUUCAUCCGUACGCAAGCACAGAGUCUUAGCGAAGAAAACAGAUUCGCUCUCUUGAGACCGCAAUUGGAAAUCAACGCCAAACAUCCGAUUAUCAAAAAACUUCAUAAACUAGUCUCUACUGACAAGGAACUUGCAAACAUGGUCGCACAACAGCUGUUUUCAAAUGCAAUGGUAACUGCCGGCCUGAUAAUGGAUCCAAGGAAUUUGAUAACACAUAUUAAUGAUCUUUUGGUUAAAGCUUUAGAGAAACAUUGAAUAUUCUUACUGUUACUAUGUUUAUUUAUUUGAUAAUGUUAAUAAUAAAAAUCCUACAUGUUC